AUGGGCCUGUACCGGAGCUGCGCCGCGGCCGCGUCGCGCGCGCUGCCGUGGCUCUCCGACGCGAUCGAUCCCGUCCUGAAGCGGCAGCACCUCUCCCGCAUCGCCCCGUCCGCGGCAGCCCGCGAUUUCGGCGCGGCACACCCGCCUGGUGGCCGGCCGCGCACUGGGGCCGUUGCCCCGCACGGAACGCGCAUGGCGUCCGCCACCGCGAGCCCCGCGGGCGACGCGGAAGAUAUCCCCGUCGUCAUUGCUGGCGCCGGACCCACCGGCCUCGCGCUGUCCGGCCUCCUGUCGGGCUACGGGGUGCCGUCCGUUGUCCUGGAGGCCAAACAAGCACCCUCGACGCACCCCGCGGCGCACUUCGUGAACAACCGCACCAUGGAGGUCCUGCGCCACAUGCGGGGCCUCGACGCGGCCGUCGCGGCCGAGUCCCCGCCACUCGAGCAGUGGCGGCGUUUCAUAUAUUGCGAAACCAUGUCUGACGAGCCCCUGGCAACCGUCGAUCACUUCGCCGGCGCGCCCCCGGACGGCCGCGUCGGCGCGCCGGCCCCGGGAGCGCCGCGCGAGUCCGACGCGUCCGCCAGCCCCGUCGCCCCGGCCCACCUGAGUCAGCCACGGCUGGUAGAGCUCCUGGCGCAGCACGCCACCGCCGUCGGCGGGCCCGACGCCGUGCGCCGCGGCUGGCGCGUCCUCGACGUCCGCGCCGCCCAGGACGUCCCCGCGGACGCCGACCGCGAGGACGAGCCGCCCGCCGACGCGAAGGACCUCCACGCCGGCCACGUGCACGCCUCACUGGGCAUCGCGGCGCUCACCGGAGUGGACGCCGGGAUCGCGGGGCCGUGGGACGCGCCGCCGGAGGGCAGGGCGGGGCCUGGGCCGCUGCUCGAGGUCGAGGCUGCGCGGCAGGGCGCGGGGGGGGUCGAGGAGCGGCGUGUGUUCCGGUGUCGGUACCUUGUGGGCGCGGACGGGGCGCACAGCACGGUGCGCGGGCUGGCCGGGAUCCAGAUGGUCGGCGAGCCGGCGCUGCAGCACCUGAUCAGCGCGCACGUCGUGUCGCGGGAGCUCGCGGACGCCGCGCUGACGUCAGGGAGGACUGCGAUGUUGUACUUCGUUUACGGCCCCGCGGCGAUCGCGGUGCUCAUCGCGCACGACCUGCGGCGCGGGGAGUUCGUCGUGCAGAUACCGUACUUCCCUCCGCACCAGACGCCCGAGCGGAACUUCACGACGGAGAGGGUUGCGGCCGUGGUACGGGCAGCGGCGGGCGCGCAGCUGACCGACCUCGAGGUGCUGGACGUGCGGCCGUGGACGAUGUCGGCGGAGGUGGCGGAGACGUACCGCGCGGGGCACAUCGUCCUCGCGGGCGACGCCGCGCACCGCUUCCCGCCGGCCGGGGGCUUCGGAAUGAACACGGGCGUCCAGGACGCGCACGCGCUGGCGUGGCGCCUCGCAGCGAUCCUCCACCACGGCGCACCCGCGAGCGCCCUCCUGGACGCGUACGUCGUCGAGCGGCGCGCCAUCGGCCGUGCCAACUGCGAUCUCUCGGUUGCCAACUGGCAGGGCGCGGCGCGCGUCCCCGCCGCGCUCGGACUGGACCCGCGGGCCGCGUCCUUCGUCAGCGGCGCGCUCGAGUCCGCCUCGAAGAACCUCGGGCUCCCCUCGUUCCUGACGUCGGGCGCCCUCAGCGCAGCGCUGUCAGUCGGGCAGGCCUUCUCCGGCACACGUGGGCCCCUCGGGCCGGCGCGCCGCGCCGCGCUCUCCCGCGCCCUCGGCCCUGAGACCUCGCUGCGGCUGCAGUUCCCCGAGCACGACCUCGGCUACACGUACGGGCGAGGGGGCUGGCCCGCCGUCCACGAGGGGCGGCACAAGCGCGGCGGCGGCGGCGGCGCGCCGUGGGUGCAGGAGGUGUGCAUGGGCGGACGGAUGCCGCACGUCGCGAUCGAGCGCCGCGGCGCGGAGGGAAGCAUCACAGAGAUGUCGACCCUCGAUUUGGUGCGCAACGACAAACCAGUGGCGCUCGUGUUGUGCCGCGGCGGGUGCGCGUGGGACGAGGCGGUGGCGUCGGAGUGCGCGGCGGUGAAGGCGGGCCCGCUGAAGGGGCUCGUGGAGGCGGUGGUGGUCGAGAGUGGGGAGGGGGAGUCUCGCGCAGCGGAGUCAGGGGUGGCGGAGCGCGUGCGCGACGUCGCGGCGCGCUGGCCGGGGCUGCCGGGCUGCGUCGGGCCCGUGGUCGUGCGGCCGGACGGGCACGUGUCGGCGGUGCUGCGGGAGCCGCUCGGGUGGUCGACGUCCCGCGCCGGCGUCAACAUGGGCAUUGCGUCGGGCGAGGCGGCGGUGCUACGCGCUGCGGCGCACGCGCUCGGCCUGGAGGCCGUGUACGCGGCUGCGUCGUAG